CCCCAAUGAUUUUCUAUCAAUAAUCACAAUCAUCAACAAUCAAUUUUGCCUAGCUAACUGGCAUGAGCUGUCUAACCUUGUCGUCUCUAGCUCAAUUUAACACAUACGACUCAGCUGCCUAAAUUAUACGAAUAGAAAGACGAAAACUUAAUGAUGAUGAUUAUAAUAAUACUGCCUCACUAAAAAUAAUUCUGACCGUCAAAUCUCCCCUUAAUUCGCUUCUGCCGAGAGGCCUUAGCGACCUUGCUGUUGGUGCUUGGGUGCAUCAGCCGGGUGCCUCGGCCGCCUGCCUGCCUUGCCUACUUACAUUUUAGGGGCAACAACAACGAAAAACAACGGCAAUAACGAGGGAAGAAAAAAAGGAGACAGGAGAGAUGACUGCAGAUACAAAGUGGAACGCGCGUAGAAGACGUGCUAUUCAGUCCGUUUUUCAAUCUGACAUUUCACAGCCUACACCUCAUUCGACCCCAUCGUUACGGUUUCCCGAUCAGGGCCAGCCGUUUGGGGGCCCUGUGGCUCUGACGACGCCCCAGAAAGGAGGAGCUGAUACCCAGCUGUUGUUUGCCUCCCCGGGCGAUAAUACUCAUGCCGAGCAACAGACCCGCUUUGAUCGGUCCUGGCACGUGGUCACCUCCCGUAUCGCACUCCCGAACUCCGUGACCGUGGAGGAUUCUUUCGGGUCGUUGCCGAAUUCACAGGAUGUCAAUGAUGGCGCAUUCCGAGAUGCCCUUCUUGAUGUAUUGGAUCCGGAUACGCGUCUUCCACUAGCUACUCAUACUGAAGAUCUUCUUACUUGGCAUGCGCAGCAAGUUCGAUGGCAUUAUGUGAGCCACGUCUUACCGCUUCUUGCUAUAUGCGAUAGCUACCCAGACCAGGAAGAGGUCUUGCUAGGCAGCAUACGGACGCUAGAAGCCGCCCAGAGGCAAUAUGUAUAUGGUAUUUCGCUAAUACUUCGAGCCAUGAAGGAAGAGGAUGCAAAACGCGCUUUCAUGAAAUUCCGCCGUGACCUGGACGCCAUAGUAGGAAAUUCCAUGUCAAACGCCUUAAUGGAUGCACUGAAAUCGGUCCUCGGCCAUUUGAUAAAUACGGUACUUGGUGUAAGUACAAUAGGCCACAUAUCCAAGCACGGAAAACGGGCGCUCAUAAGCACCGACAAAAUCGAAAAAGCAAGAAAGAAGUUACACCAAGUUGUAGAGUCCUCAUCCGGAGUUGGCCUUGCCGGGGAAAGGUUUCAGAUUCUAUUUGCGGAGCUUCUUGACCAGACGAUGAUCGCCUAUAUUCGAGAGACUUUCUCGGGAGUAUGGGAACCUAAUGACGAGCUGAAAAUGCGAACACGAAUGCCGAACCACAAUAAAGUACAACCGAAAUGUAUAAGCGACCUCCAGGAUUGGGUCGAGAAUCAAUAUGCAAGACUGGCUGUAGAAGUCACUAGCCGUCUUAGUACUGAACUGGAUGUAUCCUGGGCGAGCGUGACCAAGUGGAAGGAGAUCGCCAUUGGACGGCUUGCCGCGCUUCGUAUUGAUGAGCUAUUCGACAUCGUUAUUGGCUGGCCGGGUAGUGAGGGUGGUAUCGAUGACCUCCGUUAUGCAGUUACGACUCCUCAACGGCGAUUACAGCUCACAGAUGCGUUCUCGUCGACCUUGCAAAAGCGUCUACUACAUACUGGACGCUCUACGUUAGAUAUACUUCGUACCUACAUUGCCAUGAUCCGGACAUUUCACAAAUUGGAUCACUCUCGGGUACUUUUAGAUCGAGUAGCCUACUCGCUUCAAAUCUACUUAUGCAGUCGAGAAGACACCGUUCGUAUCAUCGUUACGGGUCUGCUAGCUAGUAAGGAUGAAGUGAAUACCGAGGCCCGCAAGACGAAACUUGUCGAGCUCGUUGAGUUACUACUACAAGAUUCUGACCGGUACCGCAAUGAACAGCAGGAUGAAGAAUGGGAUGACCUGGACUGGGUACCUGCUCCCGUGGAUGCAGGCUCCAAUUACAGGCGGCGGAAAUUCGAGGAUGUCAUUGGUACACUAAUAAGUGCGCUAGGCUCGCCUGAAGUGUUUAUCAAAGAAUUCCAGAGCAUCAUAGGAGAGCGGCUCCUAUCUGAGCAAUCUGGGUUUGACCAAGAAGUGGGUGUUCUUGACUUACUCAAGAAGCGUUUCGGGGAAUCUUCGUUACAAGCUUGCGAUGUGAUGAUUAAAGAUAUCCAGGAUUCGUCACGGCUUGACGGCGUCAUCCAUCGCGGGGCGGUUAACCAUCCAGAGAAAGUUGACCGAGACUGGACAAUCCAUGCAAGGAUUUUGUCUCGGCUUUACUGGCCCGAAAUAGGGGAGGAACGAUUCCACUUACCUUCAGAUAUAACAGAAAUGCAAAAGAUGUACGAAACUAUUUUUGAACGUCUUAAGCCGUCUCGCAAGAUUAAAUGGCUUAAUCACCUCGGGCAAGCCACUGUGGAGCUCGAACUCGAGGAUCGGACGAUUCUGGAGCGGGUUCAUACUUACGAAGCGGCUGUUAUCAAUGCAUUUAGCGAGGAGAAUUCUUCUAGCUGGACUUUUGAUGAUCUGUGGAUGAAGCUCGAAAUGGACGAAGACCUUCUCACAACCGCACUCGAAUUUUGGGGGAAAAAGCACGUGCUCCGCAGAAUGCCGGAUAAUACAUACGUCGUCAUCGAGCGUCUUUCUGAUGCUGAACAACCAUCUCACCAAGCGGCGCAAAUCUCAAACGCCACGGCUGUCGAUAUGGCGCCAUCCACACCACGCAAAGCCAAACCGGGCAUAAGUGAGAAAGAAAAGGAAAAGCGCCAGGUUUACUGGCAAUUCAUUGUGGGCAUGCUGACGAAUUCGAGCCCCACUAUGCCCCUGGGUCAGAUUUCGAUGAUGAUGAAAAUGUUGAUUGCUGACGGGUUCCCGUGGAGCAACGAAGAGCUACAAGAGUUUCUAGGGGAGAAAAUAGCAGACGGAGAGCUGGAAAUUGUGGGGGGUAAAUAUAAGCUCGUCAAGAAGUGAGAUACCGCCGAACAAACGGGCGCGCUUAUCUCAGACCUAAGCUUCUGUUACACGCGAGGCCUUCUUCGUCUGUGUUUCGUAGUACGUUACGUACAUACUAAAGAGACACCUCGGGGACGGAUAGCUUACUACUUGCUUGGACGGACGGCCUGCUAGCGUCAGCAUGGUUCUGAAACACCCGCUAGGGGCGAUCGUUCGUGAUUAUAAUAACCCGCGACGCCCAGUUAGAGCCAGGUCAUAUCAGUACCCAUAGGCAAUCAGUUGAUCGUGAGGGGAAAAAACGUCAGAUGGACCAUGGAAUAUUGACGCCAUCGUACUUUUGUUUUCGCCCAUCUAGCUAACUUGUCUUGCUGGUCAGCUCGGUUAGUGUGUGUUCGGUGUACAUGCGCUAACAAAGCUCUUUGGUGGCGCACGGAGUACCGUCCGAAAAAGUAAAUAUGAUACGAUAUACUGAUAGGCGGCCGAUCAGAUGAGAGAAGAGGGACGAGAACUUUUGUUUGGUCACACCGGUCGCGGGAAAUGCGGGCGCUCGAGCACAGCAGCAGGGCACAGAUCAAGGCAAGGCAGGGGUUGCUAGUAGAGAGGAGUGGAAUACCUGCGCGAAU